GACAGAAUACGUCAUUUCUAUCGUCGAAGCUACGCGCGAGUGUUGUCAUCUCCUUUUGCAAGUCGGUUAAGAAAAUGGAUAUACAAGUAAAAGAAGAGCAGCUUUCGAGUUCGCCACCUGAUAAGCCCAAACUCAAGGAGGGGAACUACAUAGCUGAAGGCAGGGACUCCAACAGAACAACUUGGCUACUGUUCUCCCCAGCGACCCGGGAUGAAGCCGGCUCCCUCGCCAAGUUCUUGAGCGUCUUCUCCUCUUAUGGAGUCAAUCUCAGCCACAUCGAGUCCAGAUCUUCUGCUAGACGCCCAGGGUACGAGUUCAUGGUGGAAUGUGAGCACGGCUCCGGAGAUUUUGCGGCCGCUGUCGCGAAGCUGCAGAACAGCACUGGAUACCUGAACAUCAUUUCGCGGAAUUACAAGGACAACCGAUCUGUUGUGCCCUGGUUCCCGAGACGUAUCAGAGAUUUGGACAGGUUCGCUAACCAGAUCCUCUCAUAUGGCGCUGAGCUUGACUCAGACCACCCUGGCUUCACCGACCCAGUGUAUCGUGCUAGAAGGAAGUACUUUGCUGACAUUGCCUACAACUACAAACACGGUCAGCCGUUACCCCAUGUGGACUACACCAAAGAGGAAAUAGCAACCUGGGGCCAAGUAUUCAGGAAACUAGUAGAAUUGUACCCAACCCACGCCUGUAAGGAACAUAACCACGUGUUCCCACUUCUGAUCGAAAACUGUGGGUAUAGGGAAGAUAAUAUACCACAGCUUCAAGACGUCUCCAAUUUCUUGAAAGAUUGUACCGGUUUCACUCUCCGACCAGUUGCCGGUCUGCUCUCCUCCCGAGACUUCCUGGCUGGCCUAGCAUUCAGGGUAUUCCACAGCACCCAGUACAUCAGACAUCACUCCAGGCCUCUCUACACACCGGAGCCUGAUGUUUGCCACGAGCUACUUGGUCAUGCACCUCUCUUCGCAGAUCCGGCGUUCGCGCAGUUCUCGCAGGAAAUUGGACUCGCGUCUUUGGGAGCUCCUGAUGAUUAUAUCGAGAAAUUGGCUACAUGUUUCUGGUUCACUGUUGAGUUUGGGUUGUGUCGUCAAGAUGGCCAGCUAAAAGCAUACGGCGCUGGUCUUCUCUCAUCGUUCGGUGAACUUCAAUACUGCCUCACAGACAAGCCACAACUUAAGGAUUUCGAGCCUGAGAUUACUGGACAACAGAAAUAUCCUAUAACAGAAUACCAGCCUAUCUACUUCGUCGCUAACAGCUUCGAAAACGCAAAGGAGAAGAUGAUAAAAUUUGCUCAAACAAUCCCUCGUGAUUUUGGUGUCCGGUACAACCCUUACACACAAAGUAUUGAUCUUCUGGAUUCUACAAAGCAGAUGAAGGACCUUCUACGUCAGGUACACCAGGAGAUGGACCUCCUUCUGACCACCAUGGAGAAACUAACAUAGUAUUUUACCUCUGUUCAAUAAGCGUUUUAGUUGUAAACAUUUAUACUCUUAUUAAUAAAAAUUAUAACUCUUUUGUUCUUGUCUAGGAUGAUGGUAAAGACGCCUGAUAGACCUAGGUUAAUUAUUUUUAUUAGUAAGGGGCUUUGAAUUAUAUGCCAUUAUUAUUAAGUCAUGACUCAUGGUGCAUAUUUUGUACUACACGUUAAAUUGACCAUGGUCCAAGCCAGGAACUAAGAUAAUAAGUAAUAACAUAAGGUUUGUUACUUUUUAUACAAGUUGACAUUAUUUUUUUUUCUGACCUUACUCGUAGUAGGACCUCAUAAUAAACUUCUAAACCUCCUUUUACUUAAUUAACAGUAAACUGAAGCCAUAAUUUUGUCAGAUCAAAUUGAUCUAAAACAGACUAAGUUGUAAGUACCAUCGAGGAAAUUGAUUCCUAGGCAGUUGACAGACCAACGUCAU